AUGCUUCCUCUGUCUCGGCCAGGCGAUACCAAGCGCAAACCAGCUCCCGGCAGCUCCUCGACAAGAUCGCGCAUCGUCAUUCCCCUCGCCUCCAAGCCCGCCGACUACGUGCCCGGCAGCGGCCCGCCCCUGCAGCCCAUCUCUCUGCUGCCCCCCGGCGACUCCACGGCGUACAUCAUCGAGCGCGUCCUGCUUCCGUCUCCAGGCCUUGCGCCCAACGGCCGGCCUCUGCCCAAGCGAAUGGCCUACCUGAUUGGCUGGCGCGAUCUCCCCGCUGCGAGCAAGCUCGUCCCGGCCAUGCAGGUGCUGGACUACGUCUCCCCCCGGACCCUCGAGGACUUUGAAGCACGGCUGGAGCAGGAGCUGGACGACGAAAAGGGCAGACUGGAGGCGGAACUCAAGUCAGAUCUGGCGGCGCCACAAGCAAAGAAGAAGAAGAAGAGGGGACGGCCGCCGGCGCACAGCCAGAUAGAGACUGCUGUUGUGGCCGAGCCAGAAACAGUGGCCCAGGCGAAAGCACGGCACAAGAAGGGAGUCAUGAGCCUCUCGACGCCCAAGAAGCCACGGCUGGAGGAGUUUGAGUGGCUGUCGGACGAGGAGGGGAGCCCGUCGAGGCAGAUUGCGCAGGAGCAGUUUCAGAGCGUGCAUGGCUUUUUGCCUACCGACGACGACAUGUCUGAAGGCUCGGAGAGUCUGCCACCCAGCGGAACAUCCGCAGCUGCGCAGAACCAUCUGCAAGCAGACUCUAUACCCGCGAAAUCCGGACGUCCGACUGCAGCACCUGUACAACCGUCCUCCUUUACCCGAUCCGAAUCAUCGGCAGAGUCAAGUAGUGGGAGCCAGACGCCAGCCAACAGCUUACCAAUACCGAUGUCAUCCGUCCAACAGAAUGGCCACAAUCAGCAGGCUCUGACAAUCCCAUCCGCGACACAGAGUGAGACGAUAUACCCCGAGAAUGCGCCAGCCAGCGAAGCAGGCGACAUAAAGAAAAGUGCCCCAGCAACGGCCAAGCCAAAGAAGUCCAAAAAGAGGCCCAGGCCUGAAGAGGAUAGCCCGCCGACGCAGGCUGAGGGGGAAACAGACUGGGUAGUAGAGAGGAUAGAGGACGUCGAAUACUACGAGGUGGAAGGCCGCGGCGUCGUGCGAUACUUCAAGGUCAGUUGGGAGGGCGACUGGCCGCCGGACCAAAAGAAGACGUGGGAGCCCGAGGAGAACAUCCCGCCGAACCUGGUGCGGAACUUCUUCAAGACGUCCAGGAACAAGCGGAAAAGCAUGGCCAAAUCGGGCCCGGGCAAACAGAGCAGCGCCAAACAGACAACAGAAGCCAAGAACGGCGCAUCCAGACAGAGCAGCUCCCACAAGCAGGGCCCCGUCAUGAAGCAGUCGAGACUGUCCUGGCCCGGAGUCCGCAGGAAAUACAGCAGCGUUAGUGAGGCCUUUGCGGGGGACCAGGACACUCUCGAGACAAUGGACGAGGCCUACGACGGCGAGGAGGACGAGCUCAUCGGCGACGGGCAGGACGAGUUCUUCGUCGUGACGGAAGGGGGCGAGGGCGAAAUUUCCAGCCAGAGCCUGUGGCCGAGUGCCGGCGCUCUAUCGAAUGCAUUUGGCGUAUAUCGGGGGUUCCCUUGA